GGGUGGAUUGCUCCGUGAUCAGUACCUCGUGAUCGUCGGUGUUUACUAACUGAAGUUAGCUGCUGUAGGAUGGUCCUCGCGGGGAUUUAACAGCCUGCCGGAGACACUUGGCGGCAGACCCGCACACACCGACGAGGCGACAGCUCCCCCUCCCUUUUUUUUGGCUAUGAGACAUCGGGAGCCAUGGCGAGUCGGCACCGGGUAACCGUCUUCUUCCUCUUCGGGGUGUUGUUGUUGCUGCUGCUGUCAUCUCGGAGCGGUGGAAGACCAGCGCAGAAAUGUCGCGGCAACAAGUCGUGUCAGCCCGCGAGACCCCCCGUCGUCCUAAUUCCGGGGGAUCUGGGAAACCAGCUGGAGGCCAGGCUGAAUAAACCCAGCGUGGUUCAUUACAUCUGCUACAAGAAGACCGACUCCUUCUUCACUCUGUGGCUCAACCUGGAGCUGCUCGUCCCCUUCGCCAUCGACUGCUGGAUAGACAACAUCAGGUUGAUCUACAACAGAACCACACGCACCUCCGAGGCCCCCCCCGGCGUGUUUGUGCGUGUUCCCGGCUUUGGAAAGACGUUUUCGCUGGAGUACCUGGAUCCCAGCAAGCAGAGCGUGGGCAUGUAUUUCUUCAGCAUCGUGCAGUCCAUGGUGGAGUGGGGCUACACCAGAGACGAUGAUGUCAGAGGAGCGCCAUACGACUGGAGGAAAGCGCCGAACGAGAAUAAAGAGUAUUUCCUGAAGCUGCAGCAGAUGAUCGAGGAGAUGGCGGAGAAAGCCGGUGGGCCCGUGGUGCUCAUCGCUCACAGCAUGGGGAACAUGUACACGCUGUACUUCCUGAACCAACAGCCGCAGGCCUGGAAGGACAAGUACAUCAAGGCCUUCAUCUGUCUGGGGCCGCCGUGGGCGGGCGUGGCCAAGACGCUGCGCGUCAUCGCUUCCGGUGACAACAACCGCAUCCCGGUGAUCAGCCCGCUGAAGAUCCGUACCCAACAGCGUACGGCUGUAUCCACAAACUGGCUGCUGCCCUACGCCCACUCCUGGUCCAAAGAUCAGGUUUUGAUCCGCACACCCUCUGUCAACUACACGGUGCAGGACUACCGACGGCUCUACAAAGACAUCGGCUUCGAUGACGGCUGGUUGAUGCGGCAGGACACGGAGCCGCUGGUGUCCGACCUCCUGCCGCCCAACGUGGAAGUCCACUGCCUGUACGGCAGCGGCAUCAACACGUCUGAGGCCUUCCACUACUCCAACAACUUCCCGGACGAGGAGCCCACAGUGGUAAACGGAGACGGGGACGGGACGGUGAACCUGCGGAGCGCCAUCCAGUGCAAGCGGUGGGUGGGGCAGCAGAAGCAGCCCGUCUUCUUGAAGGAGCUUCGAGGGAACGAGCAUGUGGACAUGCUGACGAACUACACGACCGUGGCGUACAUCAAGAAGGUGCUGUUCUCCCCGUGACGCUGCGAGGGAACCAGACUCCUAAAGGUCACAGGAGGGCCGGGCCAGGCCGUCCUCGCCGAGCCUCAGAACGGCUAAACUGUAUUUUCACGUCAGAAGGCUUCACAGAAAAUAUUUAGGUUUGAUUGGAGUAUUCCAGUUUCAGGAUACUUAAUCAGUCAUUCCUCUGUAUUUGUCAGGAUGUUUACAGGUAAAUUUCUGUCCAUUUCUAUCAUGGUGACUCUUUCCACAUGUCCAACAGAAACUGACAGACGUGUGCCAGGAUUUUGCACUGUUUGCACCACCCUGGUAGCAAUUAGGUUUAGGGGUUGGAGGAGGUUUCUGAUUGUGAACAGGGGUUUCUUUUUAUUGUGUCAAAGCUUUCAGUGAUGCAAGUCUGCCUCAUUCAGCUGAGCUGUGGGUCCCUAAUGGAGGGAUUCUCCAAAAAAAAAGUAAAAAAAAAAAUCCACUUUUUGUGCUCAGAUUGUCGCUCCUGCCGGCUUGUGGCUCGGCUCCCCGUCUGUUCUGCUGCUCCUGUGGAGGUUUUCCAUGCAGGUUGGAAUCGGGUGCCUUGUGAGGUUGCAGCGAGGAGACAUGUUCAAGUGGACUUGGAUCGGAUCUGGUCCUGGAAAUGUCUUUUUCCUCUACUGUUUGUAAAGUCAUAGGAAGUUCUGUGUUUUUUGUUCUGACGCCGAGCUCCAGAGAACCAUAUCUGUUGUUUCCAUCUUCAGUCAUUCUUUUUGGUGAAAUACUUUAUAUUUAAGGUUUUUCAUCUCCUGAAAAUGUAAUUGUUGAAACUUUUAAUGAUUUCUGUGAGGUUUCCUUGUUUUAAAAGAGCGCAGAAGGUUUUGUUUUGUACUUUUUCACGUUCUGAUGUCAUAUAAACCAAAAUGUAACCAUGUUUCACAAAAAUAAAUAAAUUCUUAAAUGAAA